AUGGUCAAAGUUUUGAUCUGCCAAAAUGGUUAGAAGAUCAUCUUUGCAGGCUCCAGUAAUUACCCGCGUUUGCUUGAGGCAAGGACCUUUAUCGACCUGUACUGAGGUGCCAAAAAAAGUUCGACCCCGUCAUUAUUUCCUUUUUUGGUGACUCCUUCGAUUGUUUUCUUUUCUUUUCUUCUGUACAAUUCCUAGAGGUUUAUCUGAUUUUGGGAUUUUUUUCAAGUCGUAGAAAGUUUCCAUUAACUUAGAAACAGAAAAAGUUGUUCCUUUCGAAAUUUCCAGUAUUGAUUUAUGCACGGACUAUGAAUUUUUAUGAAUUUUUUUAAAAAAACUGUUUUUCACAAUUUUUUUGUUCCAGAAUGGCCAACGUUUUUCGACGAAAUCCGAUUCGAGGUUGAUCUUCUCGAAGGAUUCGAGGAAGAGAUGGUGGACCACCCGAAUCUGGUUGAAAGGGUAUGACUUUUUUUAUUUUUUUGUUUCAAAUUUAUAAGAAGCUAUCAGAACCAGAAAUAAAAUAAUGCAUUUAUGAAAUUGAAGUUUGAAUGGAUUUUUUUGAGCCUUCCAAACUCUUUUAUCCCUUUUCUCAACCGCCUAAAGUUGAACCUCUAAUUUUUUUCAAAAUAUAUUAUUAUUUAUAAAUUGACUGAGUUUCUUAUCAAAUCAUAUUUAAACUAAAGCUGGAUUCAGGAAGCUUUUUAUGAGCUCAAACGUUUUUUUUUUUCAAUUUCCCGAAGCCGCAGCCUUCUGGUAAAUAUUUUUUAACCUUCUGGAUCUUUCAGAACCCAGAAGAUGAGGAGAACAGGGAUGACGAUGAAUCAGUGGACGACGAACAAGAGCAAGAAGAAGAACUAUACGCACUUGAACUGCCAGAAGACGUUCGAGUAGCUGAACAACACGUCGACCACGAAAUUCCUGAUGACCCCUUUUAA